GUUUUUGUUCUAAUCUUUCUAAACUAUUCACUGUUUGACAACUUUGCGUAAUUUGGAGCGCAUUGUUUAAUUCACAAUUUAAAAAGCAGACUAUCGAAUAGAACGCACGUCACACACGAUGAGUCUCUGAAGAGCAGAAGGAACGAAUCUGCAGCUUUCGAAGCUGCGUCCCGAGCGAACGCGUGCCACCGGAGCGCAAACCUAAAGUUUCAUCUGGGCUUUUAUUAUGCGAAGCUGUGCUGCGACGUGUCAGAAAUGAAGGAAAAGUCCAAGAAUGCGGCGAAAACAAGACGAGAGAAAGAAAAUGGAGAGUUUUACGAGCUUGCCAAGCUCCUACCCUUGCCCUCGGCCAUCACCUCGCAGUUGGAUAAGGCCUCCAUCAUCAGACUGACAUCCAGCUACCUGAAGAUGAGGGCCGUGUUUCCUGACGGUGUGGGGGAGGCAUGGGGCGAGGCGGCGCGCUCUAGUCCGCUUGACUCUGUGGCCAAAGAGCUGGGAGCGCACCUGCUGCAGACCCUGGAUGGCUUUGUGUUUGUUGUCGCCUCUGACGGUAAAAUCAUGUAUAUCUCUGAGACGGCCUCAGUUCACCUUGGCUUAUCACAGGUUGAGCUGACAGGUAACAGCAUAUUUGAAUACAUCCACCCGUCUGACCAUGACGAGAUGACUGCAGUGCUGAGUGCUCAUCAGCCACUUCACCCACACUUUCUACCAGAAUACGAGAUGGAGCGAUCCUUCUUCCUCAGGAUGAAGUGUGUAUUAGCCAAGCGGAACGCAGGGCUGACGUGCGGUGGUUACAAGGUGAUUCACUGCAGCGGUUACCUAAAGAUCCGCCAAUACGUGAUGGAGGUGUGUCUCUACGAGUCCUGCUAUCAGAUCGUGGGUCUGGUGGCUGUGGGUCACUCUCUGCCUCCCAGCGGCAUCACCGAGAUCAAACUCCACAGCAACAUGUUCAUGUUCCGUGCCAGCCUGGACCUCAAGCUCAUCUUCCUCGACAGCAGAGUGGCCGAGUUGACCGGGUAUGAGCCGCAGGACCUGAUAGAGAAAACCCUGUACCAGCAUGUCCACGGCUGUGACGUGUUCCACCUGAGAUAUGCACACCACUUACUACUUGUGAAAGGGCAGGUCACCACAAAGUAUUACCGCAUGUUGUCCAAGCAUGGCGGCUGGGUCUGGGUCCAGAGUUACGCCACCAUCGUGCACAACAGCCGCUCUUCUCGGCCACACUGCAUCGUUAGCGUCAACUACGUUCUCACAGAUAUUGAGUAUAAGGAGUUGCAGUUGUCUCAGGAGCAGAUGAGGGCCAGACCAGCCCUGUCCUAUAAGAGCUCCCACUCUCCCCCACAGGACUUACGCAAACAGUUCAAAGCCAAGACAGCCCGAGUCAAAACCAAACCCAAAACGUCCCCAUAUCCACAGCUCUCGAUGCCUCCUGAUAAGUUAGAAUCCCCUCCAGGAGGAAGCUGGAAGUCAAGUCCUCCAUGCAGCCUCUCGGUCAGGCAGGAGAAGAGUCCCGUCUCACUGUCCAACCCUGAGUCGGGAGAGAUGCUGCCCUAUAGUCUGCCACUGGCGUACUCGUGCGCACAAGCUCACACACGCCUGCGUGAGGACUGCAGGAAGCUGAGGCCAGUGACGAGUUCCCCGGAGCAGGAUGAGUGCCAGCUCCUCUCAGCCUCAGUGGCCCACAGAGACGAACACUGGGGCAACACAGGGUCCCCCAAACACCAUAUAAAUCCCCACACACUCGGCACCAAACCUUCUUUACACAACGGCAGCCCCAACACCACAUCGUACGGCAACAGUUAUGCAGAUUGUGGAGUAGUGACCAGGAGGUUUCCUGGUGAUUCUCUUCAUGAAAACUUCAGCAGCUGCUUGUCUUCCUCCAGACCGAGCAGCCGCUUCAAAGAGGAGCCAUACGAGCAUCUUUCCAUCAGCCACGCGAGACCACAGAACCAUCUUCACAAUCCUAUACAAGGAAAUGUGGAGGCCAGGAAACUCACUAAAGACCCCUCGGAGAGGGCUGAGAUGACGGUGCCGUGCAGGCUGUUGAGUAAGAGCAACUAUGAUCAACCACGUGUGUGCCAGAACCUUCCCAUGCAGAUGAUGAUGGAACAGAAAAGCAGGUUGCACAUGACCGAGGGUCCGUAUAACCCCCAGGGGCAGCAGCAACCAGCGCGUGGGCACUGCGAUGCCACCAGGGGCGAGGACAGGACAGUGCUAAAGGGACAAGCUCCAUACGUUUCUCUAAAUUUUCACCAUGUUUUGGCUAAGCACAGCUCCUUCCCAGCUGUGCCAUAUUCACUUGGGCACCUGACGGACAGCUGCAGCUAUCGGGGAGAGGAACUCAAUCCCUAUUUGUACAGGGGACAGAGCCCUGCCUCCCACCCUUCCCCCGAGAACCAUGGCCAAAUUCCGCACUACAUCGGCACCUCGGUCAUCAUCAGCAACGAGAGGUGACAUGCUCAGGGUCGAAUGUCAGGGGUCAGGUACCAAGACGCUAAAACUCUUGUGGCCAGCAGGUUACGAGCGAACACAGAUUUAGACACAGGGGUUCUCGUGUAAACCAGCACUAGACUCGCAUGCAUGGAUCGACACAUUACUAUUCAGGUACUGAAUAUUUUCUAUUUUUGCAAACCGCAUAGCCAAUAGUGAGCGUGAUGGUGAGACAACAGAGCCGUGGAUUUUUGUGAAUUGUGGUUAGUUAUCUGGGAUUUCCGUUCGAAUGGCCUCAUCGUUGCUGAGCAAACAUGCAAUUGAAUAUGCAAGAGCACUUCGCUCAAUGUGAACUGAAAACUAAUCUCACUGUAGCUUUGAUUUUAACAAAAAAAUUGAUUAAAUCCUGUUAUUAUAUUUAAGUCAUUGUCGCGUGAUGCACAGACUGUUAACACCCACCAAUGACCUUUAAAGAAAUACAAUUUUCAAAGUUUACACAUAGCAUAAUGGGCAUAAUAUGUGAAAAGAGAGAGAACAAAUGUACUGAUUAAGAAUUAAAAUGAUUUUUUUUCCCUGUGUGUGAUUUAUUUGAAGCUUGAACAAACCAACAGAAUAUAAUAUGUUUUUAAAAUUAUUCUUACGGUCUUAUAAAGAGAAUAAAUUAGUAAUUUCCCAGAUCCUGCUUCAAAUUCUGUAUUGCCUAAAAAAAACAACCUACAUGUUUAAAGUUAAAUAGCCUAUUUAACUUCGAGCCAGAAAAAAAAAAAAUUCUGCUUGAUCACCAAGAAAUAAUGUGAAGUUUAUUUCUGACAUUGAUUUAUUUGUGCAAAACAUAAAUAAAAUAUAGACUGCAUUCAAAAAUACAUGGAAAUGUU